AUGGAGAAAAGUUGUUUCCUAUUCCGCUUUUGUGUGGCACUUCUCAUGGUACAAUUUUGCAUGUUAAGCCUAGUUAUUGCAACUGCUCCCAAUAUUAGUACCGAUCAAUUUGCUCUUCUUGCUUUAAAGGCUCAAAUCUCUUAUGACCCUCACAAUGUUUUGACAAACAAUUGGUCUAUUGGGUCUUCCAUUUGCACCUGGAUUGGUAUCACUUGUGGUUUCCGCCAUCGUCGAGUCAUCGCAUUGAAACUUCCUAACAUGAACCUUGAAGGUACCAUUCCUCCACACGUGGGAAAUCUCUCAUAUCUUGUUAUUCUAAGCAUUGAAAACAAUAGUUUUCAUGGCUCUCUGCCUAACGAGUUGUCUCAUCUUUAUCGAUUGCAACACUUAUCCUUUGGAUUUAAUAAUUUCAACGGAGAAAUCCCACCAUGGAUGGGAUCGUUGUCCAAACUUCAAAAUUUGUCUUUAUAUGGUAACAGAUUCACAAGUACUAUUCCAUCAUCUCUAUCUAACAUAUCUUCGUUGCAAGUAAUCGAUCUUAGUUCUAACAAACUUUCGGGCUCUAUUCCAUCCUCCAUCUUCAACAUAUACAACUUACAAGGAAUUGAUCUCAAAUUUAACAUGCUUUCUGGUUCGAUGCCUUCCAUUAUUUCCAACAUGUCAUCACUGCAACUCAUUGACCUUAAAGGUAAUGAGCUUUCUGGUCCACUCCCUAUGGAUAUGUUUGAUAAUCUUCCCAACUUACAACAGCUUCGAGUAUCUUAUAAUCAAUUUUAUGGCCAACUUCCAUCCACUUUGUUCAAGUGCAAACAACUGCAAUAUUUAUCAGUGGUGCAAAAUAAUUUCACUGGAAGCGUACCUUCAGAAAUUGGAAACUUAAUCAUGCUCACAAGGUUAUACCUUAGCAACAACAGCUUUGAAGGUCCGCUACCUUCCGCUUUGUUUAAUUGCAAACAACUGCAAAUUUUAUGGAUGUCGUCUAAUAGAUUCACAGGAAGCGUACCUUCAGAAAUUGGAGGCUUAAGUAUGCUCACAGAGUUAUUCCUUGACAACAACAAUUUUGGAGGAAGUGUACCUUCAGAAAUUGGAAGCUUAAGUUUGCUCAUUGUGUUACAGCUUGCCCACAACAAUUUUGGGGUACAAAAUAAUUUGUCCAAAACAUGCCUCCAUCAAAUUCCUCUAGAUCCCACGGCAGAAACAGAAUUGGAAAAAGAGGUGUUCGAUUGA